AUGCUUUCACCCGCGCCCAUUCAGUUCACAGAACUGUCCAAGAGAUCAGGAAACUACGAAGACAUCAAAUUUCGCCAUCUGUACUUUGGAUUCACAUGCGAUAUGUACAUCUGCUGUCCUCAGAAAGGACAAACUCUACAAGACUCAAACUUGAUCACAGCCUGGAACGCGGUCCAGUUAUCAACACACAUUACAAACAACCCCGAUUCACUUCCCAAGUGGAAGACUACACUUGCCAACACCAUACGAGAGGCGAGCAAUUUGCUGGAUAUGUACGAAAAGUCAAGAGAAAAGGAGCAAGUCAGACCAGAAGAGUGGAGGCUGAAGGCGGAUAUACAACGAAUAAGUUGCAAGGGAAUGUUGGCAACCUUGCAGAUGUUCGCACAGAAGGAAAGUCAUAUCUCGGUACUCCGAGAUUCUAAAAUAGAGCUCAUCGCCGCUCAGGAUGAGCUAUUGGCCACCAAGACUAAUACCGAAAGCAAGAGGUCAUCGUCUCCUUCAAAAGAUGAUCAGUCAGCCGGUAUUGUGUAUGGCCAACCAGAAUUGUGA